AUGAACUUCCCCGGGACGGGCGGGUCCUCUGCCGCAGGCAUGACCGGCUUCGGUGGUUUAGGAGGCGGCAAUACAGCCGGAAUGAACGAGCAGGAGCAGGCUAUGGUUAAGAUGAUGCAAAACGCGAUGGAAUCAUGUCCCCUCAAAACCGUCAUCUCCGGAACAAUGGGUUUCGGUCUCGGUGGUGUUUUCGGUUUGUUCAUGGCUAGUAUGUCCUACGACUCCUCCUUCACCCCGCAAGGCAAAGCCAUCUCCGAUCUCCCCUGGCGGCAACAGGUCCGCACCGGCUUCAAGGACAUGGGAUCGCGCUCGUGGUCGUCGGCCAAGAACUUCGGCAUUGUCGGCGCGCUCUACUCCGGAACAGAGUGCUGCAUCGAGGGGCUCCGCGCGAAGAACGAUCUCACGAACAGUGUGUCGGCUGGAUGCAUCACCGGUGGAAUCCUGGGAGCCAAGGCUGGCCCGCAGGCUGCGGCCUUUGGAUGCGCGGGUUUCGCGGCGUUCUCUGCGGCUAUUGAUGCUUACAUGCGCAUGCCCGAGUCUGAUGAUUAA